GCCGGGUGGUCAGGUGUCAUCAAACAACACCAUUUAGUUCCGUUCGCGGGCUCGGGAUCCCUGUCGCAGCUGUGGACACCGACUUCACGUCUGGAGACUUGCCAUCGUCGAACAUCAUGCGUAUCGAGGAGGGAUUCAAGCCUGCUCCCUUCACAGAGUCACAUCCCUAUUUCUCAGAUCCCGCCCUCUCCGGACUGCUGAAGCGCCUCUGCCCACCAGGCGUCUUCCAAGAUGUCGAGCUUGAUCUGGAGCGGUUUGGCGAGAUAGUGUUGACCACCAUGAAAGCGCUCAGUAAAGUUUCAGCGCGUCCGCAAUUUGUUCAAUACGACCAAUGGGGCCAGCGUGUUGACGAGUUGCAGACGUCAGAAGGCUGGCGCGGGCUGAAAGCGCUCUUCCAGCAGGAAGGGAUCGUUGGGAUAUUCUAUGAACGAAAACAUCGAGAGCACAGUCGAGUCCAUGGCUUUGCGAAGAUAUUGCUUGCAGUCGGAGACUCUCACUCGAUAGAUUGUCCCCUGAGCAUGACUGAUGGCGCUGCAAGGGUUAUCGAGCUCAUCGGAACGCCUGCGCUGAAACAGGACGUAUUUUCUCGUCUCAUCAAUCGUGAUCCAUCGUUGGCGUUCACAGCAGGCCAGUGGAUGACUGAGCGGCCCGGCGGUUCGGACAUAUCCCGCACAGAAACAACCGCUGCUAGCGUCAUGGAUUCGGCACCACUGCCAUCGCAUACCUAUGGCCCCCGAUACAGACUUGAUGGGUUUAAGUGGUUCUCAAGCGCCACUGACAGCGACGUAUCCCUUGCGCUUGCCCGCACCGGUACGGUCGCCGAGGGCACUCGAGGGCUCUCGCUCUUUCUCGUGCCGCUAAGGCUUCCGCUCCUCCGUCAGCCUGGCACGCCGCAGCCGUCGCCUGUCAGCAAUCACAUCUAUGUUCAUCGCCUCAAGAACAAGAUUGGUACGCAAACACUGCCUACAGCAGAGCUAUCGCUCCAGGGUUCAGAGGGAUACAUCCUUGGCACGCCGGGACAGGGCGUGAAGCUCAUUACACCCGUGCUGAAUAUUACGCGGUUGCAUUCAGCGACGGCCUCUGUUGGUCAUUUGCGCAGAUGCCUCGCGAUCGCGACAUCGUACUCGACAGUACGCGCAAUCAAGGGUGGCCAGCAGCUGUUGAAGGAUAACCCGCUGCACGUCGCCGAGCUGGCCAAGGCGUCGGUGCUGUACCGUGCUCUCUUACACAUGUUGUUCGGCACAAUCGCCCUUCUAGGAAAGGCCGAGUGUGGAGUCGCGACCAAGGAAGAAGAGUUGAGGCUACGAUUGCUGACACCCGCUGUCAAGGCAUUUGCGGCGGACAAAGCAGCGACUGCAAUGGAAGAGUGUAUGACUGCCCUCGGCGGCGCCGGAUACAUGACCGAGAACGAGUUCGGCAGGAUGAUACAGGAUGCAUUGGUCGAAAAGAUAUGGGAGGGGACCAUCACGGUCUUGUCCCUCGACCUUGUCAGGGCCGUUUCACAAUCAACAGCUCUGGACGCUUUCAUAUCCUGGGCGCAAAAACUCCUUGCGUCGUGCCCAACAUCCCUUGAUACAUCUCUCACCGUCCCCCUCGCCACUCUGCGCACAGCUAUCAGCGACGUCAAAGAGGCAUUUGUGGCGCCCAUCCCGGCCCUGAUUCCCCGUCCUGCGCUCUUGCUGUUCUCGCACGUCGCAUGUGGUCUAUUUUUGCUCGAGCAUGCUGUGUGGGCAUUCGAGGCAAAGGAACAGACGUGUGAUGUGGACGCAGAGGUCUUCCGAAGGUGGGUGGAGGAAGGCGGGUUGAGCAUGGCGAUGGCGGACGUGCGUAGGGCGAAGGCUGCACCUUCCGACCGGCUCCGGGUGGAUGGUGACCUCGUGUAUGGCACCAAAGCUGGACACCAUCCUCAGCGGGCACGUCUGUAGAUUGACACCUCGUAUGGUACGUGAUGGCACGAUGACAGUGUUUUGCCUGUCUGCUUUCGCAUGAGCUGAGUCCGACACUGGUUUUCUGGUUCAGAAUGCAUGCAUGGUCUCAUUUUCGACAUGAUGGUAGGAAUUUUGCCCACAGCGACAGCUGUGGCCCACUUCAUGUACCACGAGACUGCUAAGGAAAGGAAAUGUACCAUUCACGAACUUCGCUGAGUCGAU